AUGGCGAGAGAGCAGCCAACGCAUUCGCAUUUUGCUGCUGCAGCGGCUGCUGCUGAUGAAGUCUCUCCCCCUGACACUCUUGCUGCUCCUCCAGCGGGAGGUCACCACCCCCACCACCCAGCACCUGCUGCUGCUGCUUCUGCUGCUGCUGCACCUGAUGCUGCUGCACCUGCUGCUGCUGCACCUGCUGCUGCUCCGCGUGGGCAGCUGCUGUGGGGAUUCAUGAGUCUACAGCAGCUCGCAUACCACUAUGCAAGGCAUCACGCAGGAUACGUCAAGGCUCUCAACUCAUUCGCAGAGGAGAAUCCAAAGCUCCAUGGCAUUUCGCUCGAAGAGGCGGUGCAGCUUCUUGGCUCUGACUCCCCUGGCUCCAACGCUUGCGGCCAGCAUUUCAAUCACACCUUCUUCUUCGCCACGCUUCCUGGUGAAGCCCACGCGCAGAAACCCCUUCGGAAAACAGCCAAAUUUCUUCAGAACAGCUUUGGUAGCCAUGAGGCUUUUGAGCGAAAGUUCAAGACUGCCGCAACAGGCCACGUGGGAAGCGGGUGGGUUUGGCUAGCAGUUGGGAUAGACGGCGGUGCGGAGAUCGUUGAGACACACGAUUGCAUAUCCCUCUUGUCUGAGCGGCCUGACCUCACCCCGCUCAUCGUUAUUGACGUGUGGGAGCAUGCGUAUUACUUGGACUACAAAAAUGCACGCGCUGCCUAUGUGGACGGCUUCUUACGGGCCAUAGAUUGGGCUGUUGUGGAAAAACGCCUGGCUCAGGCGGAGAACCGGAGGCGCAGAUCGGGGAAGGCCCCCGACCCUCCCUCCCAGGAUCUCUCGGCACGCGGUUCCCCCUCUUAA